AUGAUUUCAGCCCAAUGGAGAUAUUGCCUUAUUGAAGUGGGAAAGCCAUUAAAUUGCCUAAAUUUAGGGUCCGGUGCUAGUUCCACUACAUCAGCUGAUCGCGAUGAUUUCGCGAUAUACAACGCGAUAAAUAACACCACAUCGCAACGUCAAGAAAGAUACCUGGAAAUUAAUGAAACCGAUAAUGAAGGUGUCAUCCAAUUCUGGGAUUUCUGUUGCUUGAUUAGUACUCAUUCUAUUUCCAUCGAUCAUGGCUGCAGUUUCUAUACCGACUACCUCUGCGCUUCCUCCCUCUCAGCUUGUUCCUUCAACGCACCCCUCCCCCUCGAUUGGCUCGACGAACGUAAUCAAAUCAAUACCGCGCCAUAUCUUCUCGAAGCCGACGAUUCUGCCUCAGAUUAUGCGCAAGAUCUCUACCCACCUCAUGCUACCCUUGACUCUCUCAGCGAACUCUACACUUCCUUUACAGCGCAAAAAGGCAGCAAGCGCGAUGUUCUUGAUCGAAUACUGGAGGGUGACUGGAGACAUGGGAUCACACUAUAUCAAUUAGCUAUGGCAGAUAUGCAAUAUCUUUAUGAUCAUCCUACAUCACAGAAAUGGACUGCCCUGAAAAUUGUACCGUUGACAUCUUCAUCUCCCGACCAUGAAGUUCCAAAGGAAGAAAAGAAAGAUACAGCAAUACCUCGAUUCCAUCCGUCGAUAUUCUUACAAAAUUUACAAAAAGAGGUGCUACCAGAUGUAAAAGCUCAUUACAAUCUCGAUCGUCAUGCUACUUUACCUUUACUACUUUUAAGAAUCUACAUACUGGAUUCACCAUAUAACACAUCACUUGCGCUUUCAUCGGGUUCUAACAAACCGAGCAUGACAUUUGACUCUAGCAAGACGUUUUACAUUGCUUUCCCAGAUGCUUCGCCAUAUAUUUAUGUUUCAUUGAGUUCCACAGUAGGGAGCGCCAAUGGAGCAACCGACACAAAGAGUCUAAGGAAACUGACACUGGAUGGAAUCCCGAAAGCGUUUAGCAGGCCAAGAGAAAGGUACAAGUUAGAGGGUACUGGAUUUUCCACGAAGAAUUUGGAGGUGCUGUGUGAGAGGAAGGGAGGAGGAAGGCACAACGCAGCAGGAGGUGCAUGGGAAGUUUAUGCAGGAGACAAUCCAUUGAAUCCGACACUACUAACAUCAGAGGACUCACCAACUGGGGAUCAGUUGGAGAGCGUUGACAAAGAGAAGACAAUACCGAGAAAUAUGAAAAGACCCAGAGAAGACGAUGCGCCAGAACUGGCAAAGAAACGAAAGAAUGUAGCAAAAGCUCGUUUUGGAAACUCUGCAAAACCCAACGACGGAAAGGGCAUUGAAAGACUCGAUAUUCGUGUCGAAGACCCUUUCCCUUCUUUUGUUUCCAUAACACCUGAACCAGAGAAUGAAUCAAUCACUGAGCGACAACGGGGGAAGAACAAAGGGCGAAGAAGUACUAUCGAAGCUGAGUUUGAUAGGUUGAAUAGAGAGGACAGUGAGAGAAGAAAUGAAACAGAAAGGGACGAAAGAGGGAGGGAUGCAUGGAAGCCAGAUAUCAGAAUAACAUUCCAGGGAACUCAUGUAUUUGCGGGGAUCCGAGAAUUGGUUGAGGCAGGAAUAGUGGACGGAGAGAAAAUGCCAGGAUGGAUGACUGGCGAAGAGGGUGUUACCCUGGGAGUUGUGAGGAGGGGAAGGGUUAGAGGGUUCAAGGGAACUGGCGUCUGA